CUCUGAGUUUGGCAGCUGUAAAUUCUUGCUUGUUCACCUCUUUCACCUCUCAGUUCAUUUCAGUUGACUUCCUAUAUUGACAGUGAGGCUCUGAACACGCAACGCCCACUGCCUGUGUCGCAGAAAACAGACACCACAGGACGAGGCAAAACAUUCAGUGGUAAAACAUGGCGAGGUUGAGCGAGCAUGGGAUUCGUCUGAGUUCCAUGAGUCCUUCCUUCCUGAACAGCAAUUCAACGAGUCAUACCUGGCCCUUCAGCGCGGUGGCAGAGUUAAUAGACAAUGCAUCAGAUCCCGGUGUAUCCGCUAAACAGAUCUGGAUAGAUGUAGUUGAAGAAGCCGGUCACACCUGUAUAACUUUUACCGAUAACGGCAGCGGCAUGACACCCAACAAACUGCACAAGAUGCUCAGCUUUGGUUUUACCGAAAAGGGCUCAGGUAAGGCCAGUCAGCAGGCUAUCGGCGUAUAUGGGAACGGCUUCAAGUCUGGCUCCAUGCGUCUGGGCCGUGAUGCCCUCAUCUUCACCAAGAAUGGGGGUUGCCAGACUGUGGGGAUGCUGUCUCAGACCUACCUGGAAAACAUCAAGGCCCAGGCCGUCAUUGUCCCCAUUGUCCCCUUCAACCAACAAACCAAGUCGCUGGUGGUGACUGAGGACUCGGAGGCCAGCCUGGCAGCCAUCCUCCAACACUCCAUCAUCACCUCCCAGGAGCAGAUACACACACACUUUGAAUCGAUCCUCUCCAAAAAAGGCACCAAGAUAUUAAUCUGGAACAUCCGUAGGGCCAAGGAUGGCAAGCCGGAGAUCGACUUUGAAAACGACGUGAGUGACUUCCGUUUGCCUGAGAUUCAGAUCGAGGAACUGAAAAAAGGUCUGAGGAACAGUGGAUCCCUGAAAGCUGAGCACAACAUCCCAGACAUGCAUUACAGUCUCAGGGCCUACCUCAGUAUCUUGUACCUGAAGCCAAGGACUCAGAUCAUACUGAGGAGGAAGAAAAUUCUUGCCAAGUUGGUGUCGAAGAGGCUGACACACAUUGAGCAUGAUGUGUAUAAACCCCACUUCAGUAAAGAGAAAGUGAAGGUGACCUUUGGGCUAAAUCCGAAAAACAGAGACCACUAUGGCAUCAUGAUGUACCACAAGAACCGCCUCAUCAAGGCCUACGAGAAAGUGGGCUGCCAGCUGAAGUCUUCAGGUCAGCGGGCAGGAGUCGGGGUCAUCGGUAUUAUCGAGUGUAACUUCCUCAAACCUGCUCACAACAAGCAAGACUUUGAAUACACAAAGGAAUACAGACUGACUCUAGGCGCCUUGGGCAUAAAACUCAACGACUACUGGAAAGCAAUGACAGAGAAGAAGGCCAGAGAGCGCGAGUUUCAGGCUUUGGACAAAGGAGAUGAAAAUGAAGAAAAGGAGGACGCUGACGAGGGUCCCAUGUGGUUACAGUGUGAGGAGUGCCUCAAGUGGCGGAGCAUUCCUGCGAAUCAUUAUGAUGACAUACCUGAAAGCUGGAACUGCAGUCAGAACCCCAAUGCACGUUACAGAAGUUGCACUUCACCAGAGGAAGCAGAAGAGAGCGAGGAGUUGUUAACGCCCAGCUACCAAAAGAACCACAAGAAACAAGAGCACCCCAAAAGCAGAAAACGAGAAAAAUCACUGGAGGUGUGUGAGUUCCAGGAACAAAUGACUAAACAUCAGAUCCUCUCACGAAGUUCAUCAGAGCCCAGCCAGCCCACCUUCCAGUCCACACACACACCUGAUCACACAGCUGCAGUAGAUCAAUGCCACAUAGAGGAAAACACACAAGAACACGAUCAGACGAACACAGAUACAGAGGCAAAUGAUGAUGCACAAACAGGAAGUAAAGUCACAGCUGAAGUCACACAAGACAAGCCCGUUGGAAGAGACACAGUCAUUAAAGACAAGACACUAAUUACACAUGGACAGGUGCAUUCGGAAAAUGACAAAAAUGCUCAGAGCCUUGAAGACAAAGAGACCAACAAAACAAAAGACACAAACAUGGCGCCCAUGGAAAGAGACGGAAAGAGCACUGGCACGAUAAGCCUCAAACGGAAACCAGGAUCAUUAUUUUACUGUGUGAAAAAGAAGCCAUGCCUUUGGGAGAAGCAACAGCCCGACAACGGGAACACAGCAGAGGAGUUGCACCCUGAGAAACAAACAAAUGUACCCGAGAAGAACAAGCAGGGGAGUAGCAGCUGGUUAGACAAGACAGGUGACACAGUGCAGCAAGGCUCCAGUACCCUGCCAUGGUACAACUCACUCUCCUCCACCCAGACGGUGGUGGUAUCUCCUCUGAGCCGAACUGAAGGCCAACGGAGCAGACCACUGCCUCCAGAAGGGAGUGAUUGGGAAGCUAAAGUCCAGAAGCUGGCUGGGUUGGAGAAAGAGGCUCAAAGGUUACGAAGGCUUCUCGGUCUGGAAAUUAGCAAGACAACUCAAGGCACGAUGACAACUGCUGACAGCAGCACUGAAAAGCAAAAAGGACAGCCGGUGACACCACCAGCAUCCACUGCAACAAGAGCAGUUGGCUGCCAGACUGACGUGGCUGAGAGCUCUACGUCAUCCAGUGGACCUGCUCGGGCUCCGGGACCUCAGGGGGUGAUGGUCCAGAGUCCAAGGCCUGUUUGUGGGCCGAAGGAGCAGCCUGAUCAGAACAGAGCCAAGAGGGAGAAGAAUGAAACUCAGAGCAGAAUGAGAGUCAAUGACAGCGAGGCCUGUGGACUUGAGGACAGCAGAUUGGCACAGGAGAGUCUGCACGACAUCCGUAACAACGUUGUAGUGCUUCUCACAGCGCUCCUGCCCCAGCUGGACCUGGCUGGUAUCAGUUUGGAAACCACCGACGUAGACAACAUCCUGCAGCAGAUCAUAGAGGUCAACUCACUCAAACUAUGAUUCAUGCAGUCUAGCGGGGUUCUGUUGGCUGAACUUAAUUUGUUUUUCCUGUGUUCUCAUGCAAAGUUUGGGUUAAUACAACAGUGUGUAUAUAUAUAUAUAUAUAUAUAUAUAUAUACAUUGUAAUGUCACUGUCACAUUUUUUUGUUCUGUCACUGGUGGUGCUUGUGAACGAACUCUAUGACAUAGUAAUUUUGUGUCCAUAUUUUUCUAUGUUAUGGUCCACAAAUAUAAACAACUGGUCAUAGUAAUUCUGUAUGCCUCAAUUGACAAUUCAGGAGUCCAAGGACGCAGUGCCACUAUUGAUAUUGGUCUCCAAUGCUAAGAGAGUAUUUUUCUAAUACAAGAAUCUGUGAAACACAAACAAAAAAUACAAAGUACUAUUUUGCAUAAUUGUUUUCAGAAAUUAUACAAAAAAUAACUUUGCUGGACAGAGCUAAUGAUGACAUACCCACUGGUGAAAAAAUGUUUUAUCCAGGAGGAAUUAAAAGUCGUAUUGGUUAGAGUUGUUCUAUAAUGUAUAAUCACUCUGAUUAUUAAGAUUUCAGAGGUUACACAAGGUGGCAGUUUUUUUUUCACAUCCUCUUGAAAAUGUGUCUGAUAUUUCGACCAUUUUAAGAGUUGUUGUGAGCCUUACUGCCCCACUGCUGUACAAAUAUGAGCCAAAGAUAAACCAAAGUGUCAUGUUUUGAUAUUGUUUGUUGUGCUUCGGUUUUUAUUGACUAUUUAAUUUAGUUUUAUACUCGUGUGGUCAACAUAUGCUGUCACAAGUCAUGAUGUAAUGCUUGUUUACAGAAUUGUUCACAUAUCCUUUAUAAGCAAGGCUUUUCACAUUUGCAUUAAAAAUACUGAAACAA